CAGAGUCCCACAGUGGCCCUGGCAUCGGCCGCAGGGCCCAGCAUUUGGCUAGCUGGAGCACCUCAGGGAAUGGUAGCCAGGGGCGGCCAGUGUGUGGCUGGACGGAGGUGGGGUGUCCCUUAGAACAUGUGCUGAGACGUGGAGUGCGGGCCGGGGUGUUCCUUUGCUCGUGGGGCCACGCCUUGCUCAUCCCUUCAACAUACACUCUGCAGAGGCCACAGGGCGCAGGGAGGCCAUGGCCAGGGGCAUCCACAGGGCUUGAACGAGCAAAGUGACCCCGGCAGGGGCACACGGCAGCCCUGGAGGGGCAGGACUCUGUGGUUAAGGGGGUGGCCCUGGAGGUGGGGACGGAUGGGCACCCCUUGGGGGAGGCUCUGCCUUACGCUGUGUGGCCGGGCUGGCAGCUCAUCGGCAGGAGCCCCUGGAGCAGAUUUUCCCCAGCUGCCCUGCCUGUAGUUUGCUCUUGACAAGGCAGCCUCAGCGCUCCGGAAUCAGAGAUCCCCAGGGGCCGCCUCCUCGGCUCACAGCCCUCCGAGCCUCAUCCGGUACAGCUGGGGGCAGCUUUCAUCUCAAGGUUCCUUCAUGGCCCAAAGUGGCAGCUGGGGCUCUGCCCUUACGGUUGUAUUCCAGGCCGUGGACGGACGAAGGCUCCCGAGCAACAUCCUUUGCUCUGAAGGGUUCAUGAGAAGAAAGAAGACUUCCCUUUGGUUUGUGGGGUCUCUGCUAGCGACGUCCAUCUUCAUCCUGACGGUCGGCCUUGCUGCCACCACCCGCACGGAGAACGUGACCGUGGGCGGCUACUACCCGGGGAUCAUACUGGGCUUUGGAUCUUUCCUGGGAAUCGUUGGCAUCCACCUGGUGGAGAACAGAAGGCAGAUGCUGGUUGCCGCGAUCGUGUUCAUCAGCUUCGGUGUGGUGACGGCCUUCUGCUGUGCCGUUGUGGACGGCGUGUUUGCUGCCCAGCACAUGGAGCCGAGGCCCCUUGCCGCAGGGCAGUGCCAGCUCUACUCCAGUGCGGAAGGGAACUCCCCCGACGUGUACCAGGCAGAGGUCUCCUGUCCCUCCCUGGACGGCAGGUGCCAGCUGAAGGUGAAGAGCAACACCUGUUACUGCUGUGACCUCUACCGCUGCGGGAGUCCCGAGCGCCCUCACACCUACUACGAGUUUGUGGGCGUGAGCAGCUGCCAGGAUGCACUCCACCUGUACCGGCUGCUCUGGGCCUCGACAAUGCUGAACGUGCUGGGCGUGCUCCUGGGCAUCGUCACGGCGGCCGUCCUGGGGGCCUUCAAGGACGCGGUCGCUCUGUCCCCGCUGGCCUACGGCCUGUCUGCACCACCUCACAUCCUCUACAACCCAGCCCAGCAGAUCCUGGCCUACGCAGGCUUCUGCCAGACGACGGGGACCCUCCCGGCUGGCUCACCCUGCCCGCUGCCCCUGCAGCCCUCCAGCAGCUCCCCCACCUCGCCUGCCACUGACCCCUGCAUCCGAGGACGCGUGGCUCCGGCCCAGCCCAGCUGCCACGGCGGGCUUCCUCCCAGUGCCCUGCCUCCCCAUGCUCCAGUCCAUUUCCUCCCAGGGGAAAAGCCGCCCCCCUAUGCACCGUGACAGGGGGCGACUGAAAAAGAGUUGUUUUUGUUUAAAAAACAAAGCAGCCUCUGCAAACCCUGCUUGUGUGGCCAACCUCCUAGAGACAUCAAUAGAAUCAAUAGAACGUUCCAGAAGUCCACGCCUUCCUUUCCUCCCAGGCACAUCCUCUGCAAGGAGAGGCCAGGACCAGUGGAGGGGACAGAGCCCCAGGUGACUGAGGCCUGGGUGGCACCUCCACUCAGCUGCCUUGCCCAGCGUGCGACCCAGACACCACAGAGCCGAACGUCCCACCUCCUACUCAGCUGUUACUGGUUUGCAAAGGGAGCGCCGCCCGGUGCAUCCCUGGCGCAGACACGUUUUGAGGAACGCUGCACGUCUAUGCACUCGUAUGCGUGUGUCCCUAGGAAGGCGCGGGGUCCCUGUCCUCGGCGCUGUGCCCUCUUGGCUUUCAUUUGCUCGCAUGAAAAGAUGGCUCGGCUCAAAUACAAAAUGCUGCUUCUAGGGCUUGCGCGUCGGCCGCCGUCUGUGUGCUGUUUGUCCCGAUUGUGCCGCCACACCUGAAGAGAGGUUUGUUGCCGAGGCCGCGUGUCUCCUACUUAAAGAGUCUGGGCUUUGCACGGCCAUCCGUCAUGGAGAUGCUAGAGAGAAUGCCUGGUCCACCCUGCAGGGCCCCGUACGGACCCCCCACCUGCCUAGCAGGUGCCUCUGAGAUGCAGUCCCCGUUCUGAGCCGAGGCUGGGGUGCAGCUCUGCUUCUCACAGACCGACAGCUACCGAGGCCACCAGGGCCGCCCCCUGCACACACCUGGUGCUCAGACCGAGAAGUGUGCGCAGACUGAGGUGACGGGAUCCUGGUUGAGUGACAGCCUGAGCCCCUCCAUUACAGGCCUGGAGGGGGCAAGGGAGGAGGAGAAAAGGGGAAACAGCAAAGAGAGGGGCUUGAGGGGGCCGAGGUCUUCUGCCCCUCGCUGGCUGCGAGCCCAGUUCUGUCUGACAGAUCAAAUGCUCCCAGCGCAGUGCAGAAACACCCAGUAUUGUUUUCUGAGUCAUAGGAAGUUCUCUUCAAAGAAGGCAAACAUACAUGUUCCUACAAGGAAUGUAGAGAAUCCACAGUGAGUCAGGCCCCAGGGGCCUGGUGAGCUGGUCUGCGAAAGGCUCUUGGUUACUGACCAGGAGUGGAAGGCCUGUGGCUGGUCUGCUGGGCCAUGUUCACGUGGUUGAACUUAGGCUCAGGAGCCUGAGGGUUUCCAGGAACACCAGUCUGGGGGUGCUGGAGCCCCCGUGGGGCCCUUCACCAGCCACUGCGGGGGCAGAGGGCCUGCCGGUCCUAAGUGGAAGCGCUGUGUGGAGAAGAGGGGGCUCCUUCUGCUGGUUGAGACGGGGAGCCAGAAACACAGUACAAAGCAGCUUCAUGCUGGGUCCUAGCGAGCGCCCACUGUCCCCAUGGGGACCGACCACACCUCGGUCGCUGCUGUGCCCAGAAGCUGAGCUGCAGAUCUGGCCACAAGCCUGUGCCCCUGGGAGUCCCCCGGGCGCUGCAGAACACGAGACCACUCGGCACGGCCCAGGGCCAGGGCCAAGCAGGAGUCAGUGUUUCCCCAAACCCUUCUCACCAGCAUCGCCCAGACCCGCUGAAGUCUGCCUGGUCUAUUGUCCAGCCCAGAGCCAGGGCCUGAUAAAAAUGUUUUGAGCCAACAAUUUUGUUCUUGUCCACAAAAAUGUCUUUAUCUCUUGUCCUGGCCAAAGAAUGUGAGCAAUGCAACUCUCGACCCGGUGGUGGCUC